CUUGUUUAAGUGAGCUCGUAGUUAACUUGCGCAUGGAAAUACUUUUUAUUUUCACCUUUUCGUUACCUUUCUAAAGAAAGAAAAAUGGAUAAAUAUGAACAGUCAUGUUGCCAGACAAUAAAAUAGAAGAAACAUCUGGAAAUGGAAAGGCGCCAUAACCAGAAAGACGGUUUUAAGGAAGCGAAUGAUGCUGGGCGCGUAACAAAACAAAAUGACACUGAAGGACACAAUACAACAGAGUCAGAUAACACUGACAAUCUUUCUACAGUGAUAAAUUGCGUACAGGAAUCCAGUGAGUCAGUCCGCAACAAUUCUAAGGAAAAACAUAAUGAUAACGGACGCAAGUACUUACAAGACAGUGAACAUAAACCGGAACAGAAGUCCACUAUACAGUCGCGACAUGAUUCACACUUUGAACCUCGUAGGGACCGAGGAUAUUCAGAGGUUAAUCCUCAUGACUUUUCAGAUUGUGAACUUGUGGAGGAUUCGAGUAAUUCAAGUAAAAACCAGCGGCUCUUUACUAAAUGUGUACAAGAAACAUGUGGAUUGGAUGGACAUUCUGAAAAUACACCUAACAAUAGAUCAUUGCAAGAAUCAGACAACUCUAGCGCAGAGUCUCAGUAUCCGUCUGUAAAUGGAAACCCACAGCAAGCACUCACUACUACUGAACACUUGUGUGAAUCUGAGAUGACAGAAGCUCAAAGUAUUUGUAACAUUGAAUUCUUACAGAAGUCUGGAAAUUCUGCUGCACAGUCUAAAACUGUGUCAUGCACAGAAUACUUACAGCGUAUAUGUAGUGCUAUUGUUGAACUCCAAACUAAAACAGACAAUAAAUGUGAAAAGGAACUGUACCUGGAUAUCAAAUCUUCUACCGAUGUGUUCUGUUCUGUUUCUAAAUGUUGUAAAGCCAAACGUUACCGAAAAUUAUUAUUGAAUUUUUUUCUUCAUCAGACUGGAGUACAGUCUGAGUUUUCUGCAAACAAAAACAAGAUAGAUUCUGAGCACGAUUUAGAUCGUGAUACAUUUGUUAAAAAAUAUCUGCAGGAACUAGUUACAACCCCUGUGCAAGAUUUGUUUUAUGGCAGCCUUAUAUAUACAGUUUUGCCCGUUUCAAGAACACCGGUGACAUCUGAGCAACAGUCAACAAGUAAUUCAUCAAAUCCCUCUGGUUUCGAACCAUUACUAACUGUAAUUAACAAUAUAGCUGAAGGUAAAAGAGUCCCACCACAGAUUACUAUGAGGUAUGAAAUGUUGAGAUUUUGUACUUUGAGAUCAUACCCCAAAGAAAAUAAGCCGUUUAUAACCAGGCUAGCCGGAGCUGGUUUUUACUACGCUAACUCUGGUGAUGAAGUUGUUUGCUAUUGUUGCGCCCGGAGAAAGAGUAAUUGGAUAGAAUCUGAUAAUCCUAUGGAAAUUCAUAGACAAAUGAACCCAAACUGCAGCUUUCUCACCCGUAAUUCAGAAGUUAAUAUCCCGAUCAGACAAGUAACUGAAAGCUCGUCUGCACUAUUUACUUCAAGCACGCGCAGUUCAACGAGUGGUACACAUCUUGAAAGUAGUCCAAGAAGUAGUUACCAGAACAAUCUUGAAACUACAGUACGUAAUCACGCUUCAGUUAUAUCGGCUUCUAACUCUGAUGUCCACCGUGAUUCUACUGAAUCAACUGUCACUUCUACACCACAUACAACUACUGUGACUAGUAUACAAACUCAAGUUUCUGAAAACUCUACUACAAUGGCUGCGACCAGUGUUACCUCAUCAAGACAAACGAACCAGUCUCUAUCAGUACUCUCAGUUGAUGUUCCCGGAGCUAAAUCAGAGCACAGAUUUACAAACAGCAGUUCGGGUAUUACUUACACUGUCUAA